AUGGCACUCAGAUUACCUUCAAUAGUUGAUACGGAAACCGAUUCACUCUACGCACCGGACAAUAGUCCUGUUGUGUUCCAUAACCCCAAUGAGUUGCCAAUUGAAACUUUAGUGAACCAAAUCUUACCUGUACCAGAGCAUAUUGGUGGAAGAGCUAUCAAGGUCCCCGACACUGCAAAACCAGGAUAUUCAGAAAUUUUUCGAAAUGGUGCUUUCCCAAAUGGAGUGAAGCUGCAUUUGUUACCAGAGUUGGACACCUACCAUGCUAUAUUCGAGUCGACUGUCAAAAGACACCCAAACAGGCCUUGUUUGGCUCACCAUGAAUACGAUUAUGAAAAUGAGGAGCAUAAAGAGAGAUAUGUUUAUCUGACAUACCAAAAGGUCAGUGAACGUAAACAAAACUUUGCCAGUGGAUUAUUAUUUUUGCUUGAGAACAACCCAUACAAGAACCUCGAUUUAGAAUCUCAUCAAAAAAUCAUCAACCAUGGUAAGGACUACAAGCUGUAUGAUAAGGAUAACCUUUCUUUUAUUGUGACAUUUUAUUCCGGAAACAGACCGGAGUGGAUAAUCUCAGAUUUGGCAUGCUCUUCCACUUCCAUAACAUCAACAGCAUUGUAUGAUACUUUGGGUCCAGCAUCGUCCAAGUAUAUAUUACAGACUACUAAAUCCCCGGCCGUCAUUUGUUCUAAAAACAAAAUUGAGGGGUUGAUCAAAUUGAAAGCCUCAAAUCCGAAAGAGCUUGAAUCAUUGAUUACGCUUGUAUCAAUGGAUCCUUUGAAGCCUAGAGACAAGAUAUCAGAUGCAGCUUUAAUUGAACUAGCUGAUCAGAACAACAUCAAAUUGUAUGAUUUCAAUCAAGUGGUUAAGAUUGGCGAAAUCUUCCCUCGAGCUGAAACCACGCCAACUCCGGAAACUACAUUCACCCUUACUUUUACAUCUGGAACUACCGGAGCUAACCCAAAGGGUGUGGUUUUGCUGCAGAAAGCAGUCGCUGGUGCAAUCCUGGGAUUUUCAGUUUUGUUGCCUCAUCACAAGGGCACGAGAGAGUUUGCCUUCUCACCAUUGGUACAUAUACUUGAAAGGCAAAUGUCAUCGUCUCUGUUUCUAUGUGGAGGCUGUGUUGGGUUCCCUAGAUUAGGUGGUACUCCGCAGACAUUGUUUGAAGACUUGAAGCUAUUCAAACCUACUUUCUUUGCUUGCGUACCAAGAGUAUUUUCCAAAUUGGAAGCAAUAGUCAAGGCGUCUACAGUUGAUUCAUCAUUAAAGACCAAAAAAGGGUUAGAUAAUCAAGCUAUUGACACAAAACGUUCCAAGACUGGAGGUAAAGCUGAGCAUUCUAUUUAUGAUCAAGAAUUGAUCAGGAACUUGCGUUCUAAAUUUGGAUUUGAUAAUAUGGAGACGUGCUUUACAGGCGGUGCUCCUUGUGCCGUUGAAAGUAUUGAAUUUUUGAAAACAAGUUUAGGAAUUGGUUUCAGUCAAGGAUAUGGUAUGAGUGAAUCUUUCGGUGGUGUCUUUAUGUCAUUGCCAUUCCACACCGCUAGCAUGGGAACAUGCGGUGCAAUAACUCCAAUGUUUGAAGCUAGGUUAAAAGAAUUACCAGAAAUGGGUUACCGUUUGAAUGAUAAAGGUGGACCCAGGGGAGAAUUGCAAUUACGUGGGUCACAAAUGUUUAGUCAUUACUACAAGAACCCAGAAGAGACAAAGAAGAGUAUCGAUGAAGACGGAUGGUUUUCGACUGGUGACGUGGCACAUGUUACAGGUGAAGGAUGGUUCGUCAUAAUCGACCGAGUAAAGAAUUUCUUUAAAUUGGCUCAAGGAGAGUAUGUCACCCCAGAGAAAGUCGAAAACUUGUACCUUACCAAUAAUCCCAUAUUGACACAAGUAUAUGCACAUGGGGACUUUACCCAAUCCUAUUUGGUAGGAAUCAUUGGCGUGGAUCCAGUGAAUAUUGUUAACUUUUUAAGUGAAAAGUGUAAUAUCCCGGCAAAUGAGUUGGAUACCGAAGAAAAGAUUCUUCAAGUUUGUAAUCAGCGCCUGAUAAGAACUCGAAUUUUAUUACUGUUGAACUCAAGCAUUGGGUCGGUGCUUAGUGGAUUUGAAAAGUUGGCCAAUAUUUAUAUUGAGUUUGAGCCAUUGAGAUUGGAGAGGGAUGUUAUUACUCCAACAUCCAAAUUAAGAAGACCAAUUGCGUCAAAAUUCUUUAGACCUCAGAUUGAUGCUAUGUAUAGAGAAGGUUCAAUUUUGAAAGACUUGAAGUUGUGA